CGCCACUGCUUCUUCAGCGUCUUUCUUCACUGCACCAGAGUUUCCAGCAAGAGCAUCUGACCACACCAAGUGGAAAGAAGCACUAAAAGAAUAGAUUUUAAAAGAUUUUUAUUAGUCAAAUUACUUAGUUCGAAAAUGCAAAUCCUCGCUUCACACUGGAGGAUGACGACGUCUUUUUCACUCAUCUCACUGUUUCUACUACUGCCAACUUUACUGCAGAAGGGUCUCUGGGUGUGCGGCUCCCCAGGCUGCGCAUCCUGUGGCUUACCACCGUUGGAGAAAGAGGCAGAGGAGAGGCUGAUGAUAGAGAUCGCAAAACAGCAACUUUUGGACAAGCUGCACCUGAAAGAGAGACCAAACAUCACUCAGACGGUGCCGCGAGUGGCGCUUCUCACCGCGCUGCGUAAGCUUCACUCAGGGCGCGUCAGGCAGGAUGGUACCCUUGAACUAGAUAACAGCUUACCAACAAAAGAUCAAGGCUAUGAGAUAGUGAGCUUUGCAGAUAUAAAUGAUUCAGGCAGCGGUGAUAAGGCCAGCCUCAGCCUUACCUUUCAGUUUCUACAGGAACGUGGCAAGAGCAUCCAAGUCCUCCAGUCCUCUCUGUGGAUCUACGCUCAACCCUCUGAGGAUCCUUACCGGAACUCUCGCCUGCUUGCCCGGGUCUUCCUCUCAGCAGACGAAGGAACCUCAGGCUCUAAUCGCACCCUGGUAAUAGAAAAGAUGCUGGAAGUCAAAGAGAGUAACUGGCACACCUUCACAAUAACACGCACACUACAGACUUUCUUGGAUGGAGGUCAGAGACGGCUCCGGCUUGAGGUCAGCUGUAUAGAGGAUGGAAGGAACCUCUGCUCUUUAGAUGGCUCGGUUGACAGAGCAAACCAGCCCUUCAUGGUGGCCCAGGUGCGUCUGCGCGAUGACCACUCCAAGCAUUUAGUCAGAAAACGCUCACUGCGCUGUGGCGAUGAGGUGACGGUCUGCUGCAAGAGAGACUUCUACAUCAGGUUUAAGGACAUCAAGUGGGAUGAGUGGAUCAUUGCACCUGAAGGCUACCACAUGAACUACUGCAUGGGUCAGUGCCCCCCACAUCUGGCUGGCUCGCCCGGCAUAGCAUCCUCAUUCCACACUACUGUCUUCAGCCAGCUUAAAGUCAAUGGCAUCAACACAGGCACGGCUUCAUGCUGCAUUCCCACUGAGCGGCGGCCACUCUCCAUGGUCUAUUUCAACUCUCAGCACAGCAUCGUUAAAAUGGAUGUCCCUGAUAUGAUAGUAGAGUCCUGUGGAUGCACAUAAAGAACAGAAAAAGGCACUCUGUGACUAACAGAUUGACAGACUGAAAUAAUUUAAGAGGUAUGCUUGCUUUGGACAGCCUAAUAAUUAAACAUUUUUUACAAGUGGCUAAAACAGAUAUAUGCAAAUACACUGAAUGCCUAUACUGAAACAUUUUUUUAUGUAAUUUCUAUAUAUAAAUCCUGGUAUUAACAGCAAAUCUUUUAGAGAUUUUGAGAAACAAGAUGUUUUCUCUAUGGGUUUACAGGGAGGUUUCUAUGUAUGUAGUGCAUAUUUUAUACAAACAAGAACAAAAUUUAUAUUUGUAAAAUCAAGGUAUUGUAAAGGGAUUAUAUGAUGAAGUAAGAGUAUUUAGUACUGUAGUUGCAAGUGGAAAAAAAACCCUACAUUUAUGAUAAAAGUCGAGAGUAUUUUAUAUUUUCAUUGGUUUCAAUUCUUUUUUUGUGUGGAAUUUUUCACAAAAAAUUGUCCCAGCUUUUAUUCUGAAAUUAUACUAAUACACCGGCAUAAUUUAUUUAAAAAAUAAUUUCUCUUUUUUAUUUAUAGCCACUGUAUUCUUUUUUUUAUUAAAUCUGAUCCCAUUAGAAACAUUGAAAUUUUUGCUGAAUUUUAUGGUUCUCUGUCUCUAAAUAAGAUUAUAUAGAAGCAUGACCCCUGAAAUAAUUCUUUAUUUUCAAGAUGCAGUUAAAUGAUUUUUAAAAAAUCAAAGAAUGACAUAAUACAACUACUGAAAAGUGCUUUAUAUUUACAUGCAUAGAAUCAAAUCAUAACAUAUGUAAUAUCUGACAUAAGCUCUGACUGUGGGCAGCCAGCAUAGCAUCAAUUUAAAAAAUAUUUGAUCAUCUUUACCGUAUUAUUUACACAAGCUAUCUAACCAGACGGGUGAGUUUAGCGGUGUAUGAACCAGAGGUCAUUCCUAGGCAGCAUGGUCAAACAUUUAGCUAUUGCCUCAGUGUCUGCUCCUUUGAAGGUCUGUGAGGCAGUUGGGUCAACAAGCAUGUGCAUCAGCACGUUGGCUUUUAUAGCUCUCAAAGUCUAAAGUUUUUAGGGGUGAUGUAAAUUUAGUAUCUCUCCAGCGAUAAGUAAACGAGGUGUAUCUGUUUGUUAAAAUGUCUUUGUUGGUUUAUAAAUGUUGAAUUUA